UGCUCUAUGGUUCGUUAGGCGGCGGCGGCGCUCGGUUUGAAUGGCGCGGCGCGAACAUGGCGGCGCGGUCGCUUACUCCGCCGCCGCCCCGCCGGCCUGUGCUCAGCCCCACCGGGCCCAGCCCCUCAGGGCAAUGCCAACGGAUGAACAUUCCUGAGGACCAAGCAGACAAGUUGCUUCUAGCAAGCUGGGGCCUUCCCAAAGCAGUCCUGGAGAAAUACCACAGCCUGGGAGUUGUGCAUAUGUUUGAAUGGCAGGCAGAGUGCCUGAUGCUUGGGCAAGUCCUGGAGGGGAAGAACCUCGUUUACUCAGCUCCUACCAGUGCUGGGAAAACAUUGGUUGCUGAGCUACUCAUUUUGAAGAGAGUCUUGGAGACCCAUAAGAAAGCUUUGUUCAUUCUCCCAUUUGUCUCUGUGGCCAAAGAGAAAAAGUAUUAUCUUCAGGCUUUGUUUCAAGAGGUGGGUGUACGGGUUGAAGGCUAUAUGGGAAACACCUCCCCAGCUGGACGUUUCUCUACCUUGGAUGUUGCUGUCUGCACGAUUGAGAGAGCUAAUGGUCUAAUCAACAGACUCAUAGAGGAAAACCAGAUGGAUUUACUGGGUAUGGUGGUUGUGGAUGAGUUGCACAUGCUGGGAGAUUCUCACCGGGGUUAUCUGCUGGAACUCCUGCUGACCAAAGUUCGUUUUAUUACAGAAAAGGUCACCAAAAGACAGGCAAAGGCAAGCAGUCCUGCUUUUGGUGGAAUACAAAUUGUUGGCAUGAGUGCCACCCUCCCUAACUUGCACCUGCUGGCUUCCUGGCUUAAUGCUGAGCUGUACCACACUGAUUUUCGCCCUGUGCCCCUCAUGGAAUGGGUGAAAAUUGGCAGCAAUAUUUAUGACUCGUCAAUGAAUCUAGUGCGGGAAUUUCAGCCCAUGCUGCAACUGAAGGGAGAUGAGGACCAUGUUGUAAGCCUGUGCUAUGAGACUGUUCGUGAUGGUCAUUCAGUCCUGCUCUUCUGUCCAUCCAAGAACUGGUGUGAGAAGCUGGCAGACAUCAUAGCUAGAGAGUUCUGCAACCUGCAGCUGUCUGAGAGAAAAACCUCAAACCUUCCACCAAUCCCCUUGAACAAAGAGGCAAUAGAGGAGGUGAUGGACCAGCUAAGACAAUCACUCUCGGGUCUGGACUCUGUGCUCCAGCGAACUUUACCAUGGGGAGUAGCAUUUCAUCAUGCAGGUCUUACCUUUGAUGAACGGGAUGUCAUUGAAGGGGCCUUUCGCCAGGGACUGAUUCGAGUCCUGGCAGCAACUUCUACACUUUCUUCUGGGGUGAAUUUGCCUGCACGCCGGGUAAUUAUCCGAACUCCUGUGUUUGGUGGCAAACUCCUGGACAUUCUGGCUUACAAGCAGAUGGCUGGGAGGGCUGGCAGAAAAGGAGCAGACACAGUGGGUGAGAGCAUUCUAGUGUGCAAGCCCUCAGAGAGGUCUAAAGGCAUUGCUCUACUGCAGGGAUCCCUCAAGCCUGUCCGCAGCUGCUUGCUCAGAAGAGAGGGGGAAGGAAUUACUUCUAGCAUGAUACGAGCAAUCCUUGAGAUCAUCGUGGGUGGAGUGGCCAGCACUCCAGAUGAUGUCCGGACCUAUGCUUCCUGUACGCUUCUUGUUGCCAGUUUGAAAGAUAACGAGCAGGGGAGUGAGAAAAAUGAGGACGGAGUUCAGAAUGGAGCUAUCGAGGCUUGUGUGGCAUGGCUGCUGCAGAAUGAAUUAAUCCAGGUUUCGGGCCCUAGUGAUGGAGUGAAAGCAGAGGUCUAUUGCCCAACGCAUCUUGGCUCUGCUACUCUUUCCUCUUCUCUUUCACCAAUGGAAGCCCUGGAAAUUUUUGCUGACCUCCAGAGAGCUAUGAAGGGGUUUGUCCUGGAGAAUGACCUGCACAUUGUCUAUUUGGUCACUCCUGUGUAUGAGGAGUGGACCACAAUUGACUGGUACCAGUUUUUCUGCCUGUGGGAGAAGCUGCCUGCUUCAAUGAAGCGAGUUGCUGAGCUGGUGGGAAUUGAAGAAGGCUUCCUUGCACGCUCUGUAAAGGGUAAAAUCAUAGUCAAAACAGAGAAACAGCACCGACAAAUGGCUAUCCACAAGAGGUUUUUCACCAGCCUGGCACUACUGGAUUUAAUCAGCGAGGUUCCCUUAAAAGAUAUUACCAAAAAAUAUGGCUGUAGCCGUGGCCAGCUUCAGUCCUUACAACAGUCUGCUGCCACCUACGCAGGAAUGGUAACAGUUUUCUCUAAUCGGCUGGGCUGGCACAACAUGGAACAGUUGCUCUCCCAGUUUCAGAGCCGCCUCACCUUUGGUGUCCAUAGGGAGCUGUGUGACCUGGUUCGCGUGUCUCUGCUGAAUGCGCAGCGUGCCAGAGCUCUUUAUAACACUGGCUUCAUUACUGUGGCUGACCUGGCGAAAGCAAAUCCUGCUGAUGUGGAAACUGCCCUGAAGACUACAGUGCCAUUCAAAAGCCUUCGUAGGGCGGUGGAUGAAGACGAAGAGGCAGCUGAGGAGCGCAGGAACACUCGCUGCAUCUGGAUGGCUGGAAUGAAGCAUGUCACUGAAAAUGAAGCUGCCUCCCUCAUUGUGGAGGAGGCUAGGACGCUCCUGCAACAGGACUUGGCUGUGAUGGGAGUACAGUGGAACCCAGAUUCUUACCUGGACUCUGAGUCAUCCUCUUCCAUGAUCAGCAGCGAGUCAGAGCUGGAGGACAGAAAAUACAGACUGAGCAGGGAGGGGUCAUUUGAGACCCUAAAAGCAUUUAACAAGGAAAGAUAUGGACUUCACCCCAACUCUCAGUCUGGGACUUCAGCAAAGAUUGAAAAGGGAAAUAAAAGGUUGCUAGGUGCCAGUACCCCAAAGGGCAGGCUCCAGAGCGAGGCCCAGAUAGAUCAGAUUCAAACAGAGGAAGGAAACAUUGAUGUCAUUGUACAGAGUGCUAGAAAACGACCACAUCUGAGCAAAGAUAAAGAAAACAUGGAAUUUACUUCCAAGAGAAAAAGCAAGGCAGGCUUCAGGGAAACAAGUCAAGAAUCCCCUACUGAAGAAGGCAAAAGACCAACCUUGAGCUUUGUUCCAACAAAAACUUCUGCUGUAUGUAGGCCAAGGAGAAUAAUGGGUGGAAGCUUAAAUCAAAAUAGAAACUGCAGCAGGGCUUUGAAGCAGCAUAGGUCACUGCUUGAAGAGUCAGGGAGGCAAAUAACAGGUAUAAAAGGGCCCCCUCUUUCCAGACAUAGCAAUUCUGAAAGUAAAUCCUUUCCAGAUGGAAGUAAUAAGGAACUGACAGAAAAAGGAUCGUUGGUUCACAAGGACAAAAUCUCAGGAUCUUUUCAUGAACGUUAUCCACUUAUAGGAAGCAAAGAGAAAAUGGAAGGACUGCUUAUGGAGCCUUCUGUUACGAAUGAAUGCAAGCCUAAAGAAAAAACAAUUUGUCAGGCAUCUAGGGAUUUUAUAAUGAGGGAUGCUGCAACUGUGAGAAUGGAGACAAGUGACACUGUGGGAGGCCUGAUGAUACCUAGUAGGGAGUUGAAAAAUGAGAAUAUUGGUGCCAAAGACAGUAAAGUUCAUGCUGGAAAAAAAUAUGCUAAACGGAUAUCUGGAAAACAGCAAAUGAUUCUAGAUACAGACCUCUGUAAUGAAAUAGUCAGCAGUUCUGCAAAAACACAUGUGAGUGAUGGUGCACACAAGCAGAAAACUGUUUGUUAUGAACCUAAAUCCUGCCUUUUCCCAAUUCAAAGCAAAAGCAAACAUAGCAGCGAAAGUCCCAAUGGCGUGUUGUUCAAGAGUGGAGGUGUGGGUAAAGCUGCUGAUAAUCAGCCUGAGGAUUUUUUGAGAGACUCCACAAUAAAAUCCAGAGCUGUUUGUAUUGCAAAAAGUAGCAAAAAUGGUUAUGCCCACGAUCUGUCCUUGGGCUAUGGAUACUUUGAGGACAGCUUCCAGUUGGAUACUCAGACGGAUAGGAUAAUACAGCAGCAGGUGGCAUCUGAAAUUGCAGGACAUCAGGGAGCGAAAGGCACAGAGCUGGCAGCCAUUGCUGUGCAGAAAACCUUCACAAAACUCCCCUGUGAUAAUGCUUUUCAAACUGAGAGUGUCGCUGAUAAAAACCUAGUUGCGGCAUUUAGAGAGAUGGACUCUUCAGGUCUUGUGACAACACUUGGUAUGAAACAGCCCACCGAUCUAUGUUGCAGUGCUAAAACUUUGGGCUCUGUGAGCUCUUGUUUACAGUCUGCAGUGAAAUUCCCAGAUGCUGCACUUUGCCUUAGAGGAAAUGAUUUUUCUGUCACUGACUCCCAGCUACGCAGCUUUUUACAAGGUUACCUAACCCAACCUUCAGUGAAGGAGAGUGUCUGUCUAGGUCUUCAGAAUGGAGCCCCCGUCUCCAAUGGCCAGAAUCUACACAUCAUACAUGUACAGGUAGAAUGUCACCCUGUUCCUGAAACUAGUCUCAAUACAAGCAAUAGUUUGCUGUUUGAAGAUAGUUUCGGUGAUGUCAAUGACCCUUCUGGUAUUCGUGCAGGUGAAGCUGAAGGGGUGGAAACCAGGGAACAGGGGAUUCUACCCUUUCCUCCUAACACCGUUUCUAGCUCUCUUGUUGGCUGUCUCCAUCAGCAGAGCUGGGGGCCUAUUCAGGAUGUAUGGAGUAUAAAUCAGGUUGAGCAGCAGCAGCCACCACAGUGUAAUGACGCGUCUCUUACGUUCUCUGAAAUUGAUUCUUUCCAGUUGGCUGAAGCUUUUGACAAUGUGAGCUCACCUCCUUUUCAAGGAGACUUGCCAUCAGCAGCUCUUGUUGAGCCAGAACUAAGAAAAUCUAUUGCUCAGGAGGACUCCGGACCAAUGGACAUAAAAGGAGAUAAAAGUGUAAGACCCCAGAAAGCCCAGCAAAAUGUAAAAAAACCCCCCAAUUCUAUAGUAUGGAGCGAACAUUCAUUUGAGUUAAGCCCAGGGUUGCAAGAAAUUCUAGACAAGUGGCCUAGCCCUUCAGGCAAUAAACCUGCUUCAUCGAGUCCAAGCAUCCCUGGCUCAAAGGAAAAAUUAGUUCUUUCAAACUGCAGCCAAGAGCAAGGUGCAGUGUUUGAAUUUGGCUGUGGUCAGAAAAAGCCAUUACCCCUUUGCCAGGGUUUAGAGAACUAUUUCACAGGUAGAGAGAGCAAUAGGGGAGCCUUGGAACAAAAACCAAAUUGUUCCCCUAAGUUUCUCAAGGGAAGCAGCAGGAAGCGUGAUCCUCAGCCAGGUAUUAGCAAUGGGCUUAUUCCUCCAACGCCGCCUAUGGAGCCUGCACCGAAGAGUUUUGGCACGUCCUCUCUGAAGUCUGGGAAAAAGAAAGAUGUCAUCCUCAUGAAUGAAGGCCCAUUCUGUCAGGUGCUGCAGAAUGGCAUACCUGUUUCAGACCAGCAAAUAGAAACACUACAGUUUAAUCCAGAAAAUGGAGGCCCACUUGAGAAUGACCCUGUAAAAGAGGAUUCUGUUAUAGACCAGGACUUUUCACUGCAGUUAUCUCAAGAUGUUUUGCCACUUAUUUCAUGCAGUGCUGAAAGUUUCACUAUCAUUGAUGUGGCAAGUGACAUGGAUCUCUUCCAGACCUUCAUCCAAGAAUGGAGGAACAAAAAUAGAUUUUCCAUCUCAGUGGCUUGCGAAAGAACAAAACGUCUCUUGUCCCCCAGAUCAACUAUAGGCGGCAGAUUCAAACAAGUAAGAUCUCCCCAGCAGAUCCAGGUUAAAGAUGAUGGAUUCCCUAUCAAAGGCUGUGAAGAUACCUUGAUAGUUGGGCUGGCAGUGUGCUGGGGUGGAAAGGAUGCCUACUAUGUCUCACUGCAGCAAAAGGCAGACGAUCAGGCUGAAGUCAGUGCCAGUUUGGCACCCCCUGCUUUGGAUCAGAACCUAUCUGUCACCGAGAGACUGUGUCAUCUCCAGUCCUGCUUGCAGAAAGAGCCUGAGGGAAAGCACUGUCUGGUUAUGUACGACUUCAUCCAACACUACAAGACCCUGCUAAUGGCCUGUGGCAUCUCCCUGGAAGGAAGCUUUGAGGACCCAAAGGUAGCAUGUUGGCUGCUGGAUCCUGGUUCUAAAGAACGUACUCUUCACAACAUGGUUACCAGCUUUCUCCCUCAUGAACUCCCCCUGCUUGAAGGAAUAGGAACUGGCCAAGGGGUGCAGAGCUUGGGGCUUAGUGCCAGUGCUGAUCACUCUGGGCGGUACAGAGCAGCUGUAGAGUCUGUGCUCAUCUUUGGCAUCAUGAAUCAGCUUAAUACACUGUUACAGAAGGAAAACCUAACAGAUGCUUUCUGCAAAGUGGAGAUGCCUACACAAUAUUGCUUGGCUCUGCUGGAGCUGAAUGGAAUUGGCUUUAGCACAGUGGCAUGUGAGACCCAGAAACACAUCAUGCAAGCUAAACUAAAUGAGAUUGAGACCCAGGCAUACCAGCUGGCAGGCCACAGCUUCUCCCUGACCAGCCCUGAUGACAUUGCAGAGGUCUUGUUUUUGGAACUGAAGUUGCCAAAUGGAGAUGUGAAAGCUCAAGGGAAUAAGAAAACUCUUGGUUACACAAGAAGAUGCACUACUAAAGGACACCGGAUCAGGCUGGGCAAGCAGUUCAGUACAACCAAGGAUGUUCUGGAGAAAUUAAAGACUUUACAUCCAUUACCAGGCCUGAUUCUAGAAUGGAGGCGAAUCACUAAUGCAAUGACCAAGGUGGUGUUUCCACUGCAGAGGGAGAAGCAUUUGAAUUCUUUACUGGGGAUGGAGAGGAUCUAUCCAAUCUCCCAAACUCAUACAGCUACAGGUCGUAUAAGCUUUGCAGAGCCAAAUAUCCAGAAUGUUCCAAAAGAUUUUGAGAUUGAAAUGCCAACCCUGGUUGAAGAGAGCCCACCUUCCCAAGCACGAAGAAAUGUCUCAGCUCUUCCUGGAGCCAGAAGUAGAAAGCAUCACAGUAUCUUGCCUCAGGGCUCAAACUCUGUGGCUGAAGAGGGGCCAAAGGGAAGAGGGAUGCCAUUUUCCGUGAGCAUGAGACAUGCUUUUGUUCCCUUCCCAGGUGGUUUAAUCUUGGCUGCUGAUUAUUCCCAAGUUGAACUGAGGAUCCUUGCUCAUUUGUCUGGUGACCGUCGGCUCAUUCAGGCCUUGAACAGUGGAGCUGAUGUCUUCAAGAGUAUUGCAGCCGAAUGGAAGAUGAUUGAUCCUGAAGCUGUUAGAGAUGAUACUAGGCAGCAAGCGAAGCAGAUCUGCUAUGGAAUCAUCUAUGGAAUAGGAGCUAAAUCUUUAGGAGAGCAGAUGGGUGUUGAGGAAAAUGAUGCUGCUAGCUACAUUGACUCCUUCAAAUCUAGAUACAAAGGGAUUCAGAAGUUUCUGCGGGAGACGGUGAACAACUGCAGCAGGGAUGGUUUUGUGAAGACCAUUCUAGGGAGGCGCAGAUACCUGCCAGCUAUCAGAGACCCCAACCCUUAUAGCAAAGCUCAUGCAGAGCGGCAAGCUGUGAAUACAACUGUUCAGGGUUCUGCCGCUGACCUUGUCAAAACAGCUACUGUGAACAUUCAGAGGCGGCUUGAAGCUUUCCCCUCCACAAUCAAGUCCCAUGGACACCUGGAGAGCUCUUUUCAGAUGGACAGGGCAGGAAGGUUAGAGAGGAGGAGAAACAGAAGGAUGUUACACCCCAUCACGGGAGGUUUCUUCAUCCUCCAACUCCAUGAUGAACUCCUCUAUGAGGUUGCAGAAGAUAAUGUAAUUCAGGUAGCUCAGAUUGUCAAGCAUGAGAUGGAGAACGCCAUGAAGCUUUCAGUGAAACUGAACGUUAAAGUGAGGAUUGGGCCCAGCUGGGGAGGCCUUCAGGACCUGGAGCUGUAGGUGCGAAAUGAACACCCAGCUUGCAACAGCACUGCAGCCCCACAGACUCGGCAGGCCAAAUGCAGCUUGACCUUGGGCAAGGACUGAAUUUGAAGCAUGCUUACUGCUGGAUUCAGCUGCUGGAGAAACUGGAGUUAGGGAGCCCUCUUAUGUAUUCACACAGGCGAAACUUUGAGAGAGGGCACUCAGUGCAGCGAGGAACAUUUCAAGGUAUAUAAAUAUUAAUUGCUGUAAGUGUAAAAUUGAAUGGAAUUCAUGUUAAAAUAUGUUCACUGAUAUAAUUUAUAAAAAACAAUGAAUUUACUGCAUCCAAAUCCAGAUGAACUUUUUUUAACAAAACAAAGCACGAGCAUCACUCAGGGAGAGGCUGUGUGGAAUUGCACACAGGGCAAAAAAAUAGCAUGUCAUUGUGUUUGUAUAUAGGAGCAGAUUUACUGCUUAGCCAGUGUGCUGGGCCCUGCUGGGGUCUUUUUACAAUGCAAAUUGAAGCUAUUAAAGUGUGCAACAGUUUUACAAAUGUCUGUGUAAUAGGCUGAAUGGUUUCCCAUGUGAUGCGUGUCAGCUGGAAGAGAGAGCUCUCCUUACUAGAGGGGACAUUGGCCUGCGAAGGGUUUAAUAUCUGAUACAAGGGUCUGGGGAUAGCAGCAGUUCUCUGUUCCCUGCUGUCUCGAUCAGGAUCAUCUUAAAAUUGACCCUUAGGAUUAUAUUGUUUGGGUUCUAACUGCAAAACGCCUUUAAAAAUGAAGGCCUGGACUAGGACCGAUUUAAAAAAAAAAACAAAACAAAAAACAAAAAAACCCCAAAACCCAAACCCUAUCUCCCUGGUUAAAAUCCAGAGCUGAAAGGCCAGAACAAACAGCUUCUUCAGCGUCUGCAUUUUCUGGUCCCAUCUGCUGCUGAUGUUUCAUGUAACCAGUGGGGGCUUCAUGUUCUUAAUUAUUCUUCUUUCAGAUACCGGCUUUUCUUGUGCUUUAGUGCGGUUGCUGCUGGUCAGUCUGGGCUGAAAGUUGCUCUGUUUUCCUCCCUUUCAGUCUGGUUGUGCUCUUGUUUCAGUGCCUCUUACUUGACCAUCAUACAAAGGUAGAACAUUGUGUUUUUUGAGGAACAUAGGAAGUGCAGCCUGGCACAGGCCUGAACAUCCAUCCAAGCUGCGUCCUCUAACAGCCACCCUUGCUAGAUACUUCAGAAAGAAACCAAAAAAACUCCAUAGCAGGCAGACUUGGCUUCAUCACAUUCAGGUCACGUCCUCACCCCUAAUACAUAGAGACUUGGUGUAAGACCAAAGGUUUAACUCACUUUUGAGAUUAUUAGCAUUAAAUUGGCAUAUUGAUUUUUCAGGUGAAAGGUCCAGUCCUGAAUUUUCCACCUUUUCAUUGACGGUCCCCUUGUGUAUCACAUGACAGGCAGAACAGAGGCUCCUGAUCUGCUCUAUCUGCUCUGUUAACUUCUAAUCUCCUCUCCCCUCAUUCAUCUCCCUUCCCAGGUGAAAUAUCCCCAGCCUUUUCACUUUCAUCCUGACAAUGUUUUGAAGCGUCUUAUUGUUUUCUGCCCUCAUUCUCAAACUUCCUUCCUACCCUUUGUCAGAAGGGCCUGUCUGAUGCUGUCUUUGUAGGCUGCACUGAGAUGGAGUGCGCUGCAGUUGGUGCCUUUUGAGAGAGGCCUGGCAGCGUGCAACGGCUUGUUAGUCAAAAUGAUGCUUUCCCUGUGGCCGUUACCUUGCUGAUGGGGUCACAUGAACUGAAUCUUCAUGAAUGUGAUGAGUUAAAAACAGUGUGAAUGCAGUCAGUAUGCUGUAGGGUCAGGUCACUGGGCAUUUGUCUUCCAUACCUUUUUGAUGUGUUGGGAGCAAGACAAGAUUCAAAACUCUAAGUAACAGUCACCUUUGUUCCAUGUCCCAGCUUAGACCUGACCAGUCAUGAAAGACACAGGCCACCAUCACGCUUCUACUCCUUUGCUCAGGUCCUCACCUCACAGUCUGUGCUGCAUCACGGUUCCCUCUGUGUUAUUUUAUGCUGUGCCUGUCACUGUGGUAUUUGACACCGCUUGUACACUUCAGUAUGUACGUCUGCCAGUGGAGCGGUGUUAAUUUUCUCUGCUCUGAGCUUUUGAAACUCCUUAGUAUUAAGAGAUUAGAGCUUUGGGGGUGUGAAGAGACCCUGAACACAGGAGCCAGUCUGCAUUUGCUACUGAGUCAUCCCAGCCUAACAAGGUCCUUGUGCCUGAGUCUCCUGCAGGGACACACCUGUGCUGGUGUCAGGCCUCUGCAGGGUUACUGUAAUUAGUUACUUGCUCUCUGAUAUAUUUUUGUAUUUUCCUCCUGAGUUCUGUUUUUAGAAAUGGUGAGAGGCUGGAUCUCCAGCUUGUUCUCUGCAAGGCCUGCUUGUGGGGAAUGCUAAUGAAUAAAAUGAUUGACAAGGAGCUAAACUUAUUGUGAUAAACAAACUCAGUGGAUUCAUUAUCAUUAAGCAAUAAUUUAGAGCAAAUGAGAAGAUGAAGGUGGCCGCUGCUCUGCGAGCAAGGGGGCUGCUGCAUUUGAGUCAUCAGAUUUGCAUCGGCACUGGUUGUGAGCCAUCGCCUGGCUGAUGCUAUUUUUGCUCCUUAACUCGGAUUAGGUUUUCUUUAACCGUUAACAAGACCAAGCAGGGAAUCGGGCAGUGCUGGGAGGCAGGGGAGGUGGGCAUCGCUUUGGCUGCUUGCUGGAGCAGGUUUUGGGUGAAGAGAAGAAUCCUUUAGAGACAAGAAAAGGAACUUGAUGAAGAGAGGAGUAGUGUAUGGUGCUGGUCUGCCUCUCUGGACUGGGAAUCUCCUGCCCUUCUAGACAGUCUGUUUCAGGAGGUGGGCCUGAAUCUGUAGUUGUUUGUUCUUCACUGUAAAUUAGCUGGUAGGUCUCCCAGGGGAGAGCUGCCUGGGGGUGGGAGCAGGGGGGAGUGAUUCUGUUCCCCACUGCUAUGGUGGAGCCAAGCAGCUGUUUAGCUGGCAGUUGGUUUUGCUGCUUUUGGUUCCUGGUACCUGGCAGCCAGUGACUGGGUUCCCACCGCACAGGCUGAUGAGACGCCUCCCUCCAUACCUGCCAGCAGGAGGCCUCUGCACCACUCUGGAGUUUUGUUGUCUUUUCCCCCGUUUUUGUCUCUCUCAUCUGACAGCAUUGCAUGCCACAGCUCCAGCUGGUGGGUUCCCUCCUCCUUGGCUGUACAGAAGCAAACAGUGAGUGAAUGAGAAGAGAAAGAAAGGGGGUCUCGGGGUUGUGCCUUGUUGCAGCAGCGCCUUUGCUCACUGUGCUCCAGCAGUCACAGAGUUGCCCUAGCAGCCAGUUCUUGUCUGGGGAGGAGAUAAGCAGCUAACGGUGGCCAAAGAACAGGUAAGGGACUAUUUAGAAAAACUGGAUGUGCACUAGUUCAUGGGGCCAAACAGGAUGCCCCUGAGGGUGCUGAGGGAGUUGAUCAGUGCGAUUGCAGAGCCGUUGGCCAUUAUCUUUGAAAACUCAUGGUGACUGGGGAGAUCCCGGAUGAUUGGAAACGGGCAAAUAUAGUGGCCAUCUUUAAGAAAUGGAAGAAGGUGGAUCCAGGGAACUAUAGACCAAUCAACCUCACCUCAGUCCCUGGAAAAAUCAUGGAGCAGAUCCUCAAGGAGUCCAUUUCUAAGCCAGGUGCAGUAGUCUGGGAGAUAAUCUUCUCUGUGAAGACUGGGGUGAAAAAGGCAUUGAGCACUUCAGCCUUUCCUACAUCCUCAGUCACUAGGUUGCCUCCCCCAUUCAGUAAGGGACCCACGCUUUCCCUAAUCGUCCUCUUGUUGCUGACAUACUUGUAGAAACCCUUCUUGUUACCCUUCAUGUUCCUUGCUAGCUGCAACUCCAGUUCUACUUUGGCCUUCCUAAUUUCAUCCCUGCAUGCCCAAGCAAUGUUCUUAUACUCCUGCCUAGUUGUUUGUCCAAGUUUCCACUUACUAUACACUUCCUUUUUGUGAUUUAAUUUACUGAAGAGUUCCCUGCUAAGCCAAGCUGGUCUUCUGCCAUACUUGUUGGUCUUCCUGUACAUCGGGAUGGUUUGUUCCUGCACUCUCAGUGAGGCUUCUUUAAAGCACAGCCAGCUCUCCUGGACUCCUCUCCCCCUCAGACUGGCUUCCCUGGAGAUCCUGCCCAUGAGUUCCCUGAGCGAGUCAAAGUCUGCUUUUCUGAAGUCCAAGGUCCUUACUCUGCUGAUCUAUAGCAGACCCCAGCUACGACAUCACUCUUGUUGCUCUCCCCUCUGCCUAACCCAGAGGCUCAACAGGCCUGUCUCCAGCUUCAUACUGGAGCUCUAUGGAUAAAUGUAAGGGUUGCAUGGGAGCUGCAGUCAUAUUUUCUCUAGACCAGGGGUGUCAGAGAUGCAGUCCUGCUGCUCAUUUGGUUUUAUAUAAGGCGUUGUCUGCUGAACAAAACAGACAAAGAUGUGAGGGAGGGGGCAGCAACUCCACUGAACAUCAGCCGGUCCUUGGCAGCAGUUUCCCCAUGGGGACUAGAAUCUAAAUCUAAUGAAGGAGUUGUCACAUUCAGAGGGGAACUGCUUCAGCACUACUUAGCACAAAAUAUGAGGAGUCGUAUGAAACAGUUAUCAGGAAGCAUCUGACACAUGGUAAAUCCACUACUGGUUUGAACUUGGUAUAUACAUAUGUCAGUCUGCUUUCAGCCCUAAUGUUUGUAUUUCACAUAUCCUAGUGCUUUACACGCUGAUGGUAGACUGUACAAGCAAAUGGUGUCACCAUGGUGUACUCAUUAAUAGCCUAUGGCUGGGAUUUUCAGUGAACCCAACUAAUUUAGGAGCACAAGUGGCACUGCAUGUGUGAGGCAGCCAGACCUGCACUCUACCUCACUACUCUCCCAGCAUGUGCCAGGAAUAUCUGAGCAAUUGGAGCACAGAGGUAACAGCUGAGAAUGCGAAGAUGGCACUGCUGGUCCUGAUCUUGCAAAGCAGCUGAAGAUGGACCAAAGCUGUAACUGUCAGCUGUACUGCUGCUUGUAAGCCAUGUAGCAACAUCCACUAUUAACUGUUAUCGAAGCCAAACGCCUUGGAAAUGUCUGGAAAAAAAAAAGUGAAUUACACAGCUUAAUAUCAAUUCUUGCCUUUAUUUUCUUUCCACCCAUUUUUUUUUUCACUGGGGACUCAGAACAGCUUCAGUCAAAGGUACCUUUGUGAGGCUGAUCUCGGAUACCUGUUGAACAGCAAAUGGUUAGCACAGCAGGAGAGUGGGGUUUCCCCCAGGAUUUUAGCCUUCAUUUUGAAAUACAGGAGAGGACUCGUUAACAAAAACCACACACAGUUUGUCCACGUUUCCUUGACACUGAGCCAGAAUACUGGACAUCAUUAAAAAGGUACAAUAUUUGGAUUUGUCAAUUAAUCACAUAACAGAAAACACAUGAAUGAAAACACUCUUUUACAGGACUAUUGCUCUUACACCUAGAUGAAGUGUUGACUACAAAUGGAAACAUGUAGCUCAUUAAUGAGAGAGAGUGUGUUCUUACUGAGACCGUACCAAGGAAAAACAAUCAAGACCUGAAAUAUACUGUGCUUGAAUUCACCUUUAGGUUUUGAAAUGUGACGUGGGAGACCCAGGGUGCAGUUACAGGAUGCUCAUUUGCCUGUGACAAAAUAUACAUAAUUUAUACACGGAAUAGUCCUGAGGUUGAAUGCAGCUCUUACACAAGCUGCAGUGUUUUUUCACUUGUUAAAUUGUGUACUGAAAAAUAAUUUUCUCUCUAUAUUCAUUAUAGUGCACAUAAGGGACUGGGUGUGAGAUGGCCUCUGAAAAAGGAACAUAUAAAAUCUUUUACAGCAGAUAUUUGGGUGUUAACUUCAUACAGUAUGUGUAAUAAACAGAGUAUCAUUGUUUCAGUGUUAGACCAUUACCUAUAGUCUUGUCAGACAGAGUCUGAUUUAUAUUCAGGAGUGUGGUCGGACCGUGUUGACUCGAGUACAAAUAGAUAAGAACAUAAAAAAAAAAAAAAGAAGUCUCAUUAGAAAACUAGUGUAAUUAUACAAACUAAAGCCUGGACUGCCUGCUGAAUUUCCUUUGGAUUUUUUGUUAAAAUUCAGGAUUGAAGUUUUGUAUUGUUCUACCUCUAGGAGUUGAAUCUAGAACCAUUCUUAAGAUGGUGAAGACUUGCUUAUUGUCAAAGCAUGUCAGGAGUCUGAAUACAUUUUCUCUACAUAGUCUGCCUACCGGCAGUGUGUGUAAGAAAUAAAUGUGCGUCUUGUAUGCUCUCUGGCAGGGUUCCAUAGAUUGAGUUGUCUGGCGUGGGUAUGAGAACUUUUUAUGUAUUUUGAGAGCAAAAAAUGCCACUAUCUGAAGACGAAAGCAAUUUUAAUCGCACAAAUUUAUAUUAAAAACCUCUUGAAUUGG